ACAACAGCGGCAGAUUAUUUGACAAAGUCAGCUGUCUUCCAACCAGCGUAUUCAACGCCCAUAAACCAGUUGAAAGAUUAAGAGGAUAUGCAUCGAAGCCCGGGACCUAACCAUUCUCCAGGUAGUGGAUACAGUGUUCCAUUUUAAAUUGUCUAUUAUGCGAUUAUGACGUAGUCCAUCAUCGGCUGAAUCGUCACUGUGUAACAGCAACUUAAUGCGCGAGCUACCUCAACGAAUGAACAUCUAUAGAUAUCCAUGCCUGCAGUUUGAAAUGAUUCACUGAGCGGCGUUUGAAACUGUUCUCUUUUUGCAGACUGGGACCGCUUUUAAGAUUAUUUAAAUCCAUGUCAUUUGUAUAUUGCCGCCUGGUCGGCGGAAGAGUGGCAGUUAUCUUGUUUUUUUGGAUGUUGACAACAAACGUGCCAACUUCGUAUUUGACGUUUCAUAUUCAAGGAUUUUCCCCGUUGAAAAUGGGCGGGAAGUUGCAUAAAACUUUCAACACAGCCUUGUAAACGCUUUGGAUGGAUAUAUCUCUCGCCGAAUAACAGUCUGCUCCCUCUAUUUAUCUGUUUCAGAGUGCUUAUCUGUUUGGAGACAGCGAUAGCGGCUUGAAAUGACAACAACAUCUGCUAAUGCCACGAAAUGAUCGCGGUUCUGCAGCCCACUGCACCUGCAUAUAGUUAAAAUCAAAGGACUCAUGAAAGGGCACUGCAUGGAGACAAGUUUGAGUCUCCGGACCGCGGGCCGCGGUACUGCUUUUUGCUGUAAUGGAUCUCCGAAGUGCACGAAUUUGAGAUAAUUUGUUCCAGAACGAUUCGUGUUUUUGUUUUCAUCACGAGAAAAGCGAGACGUUCAUAUCUACCGCCUCCAAACCAACAGUCGUUGCGCUUGAGAGCUUUUUUCCUAUUUUACUUCUUGUCCAACUUAUUUGUCUUAUAUGGGUUCGUUAGAAUAAAAAGUCUUUUUUUUUGUUUCGCCGAUAUUUUCAUUACACCAGUAAUAGCCUAUCUUGACCGAAACCAUAACAGCGUUAUGUCAUGCACGAACACGGGGAGGAACUGCUCACAUAAAUGAUAUAAAAUAGUUUGUUUCGUUUGUUUAGACUUUCCUACAACCGAUUCAUGUUUAUAUAUAUAUGCUAUAUUUGAUAGAGAUGGCGUGACAUCCCUGUUUUCUGCGCUGGUUCGAACAGCUUCAGAGGGAGAUAUUAUUGUGGGCGGACCUUGGCUCUUCUCCAACGUAUAUUUUUUAGGGGGCUGGAGGAUCGGACCAUUUACUACAGCUUCGUAGUACUUCUCGUCAUCAUCAAGAUUUUUUCCAUAUAAACCAUCGGACAUUUUUUAAAGGCAGAAUCAGAGAUCUGAAUUAUUCUACCUCUUCCAUUGCAUUUCGUCAGGAUAUAAUGGCCGAGGCCACAGCUAUAGAUAGGUUGAGCACCGCAGCUGCGAGAGGAGAUCUAAAGGAAAUUGAGACGAUAUUGCAAUGCAACGUGAACGUUAAUGAGAGGAACAAGUUCGGCAGGACACCAUUGCAGGUGAUGAAACUUGGCUGCCCUCCCAUAGCGGAGGCGUUGCUUGGAGCAAGCGCGGACCCAAACGCGCGCGACCCCAUCGGAGGACUUACCAUCAGUCACGAUGCCGCGCGAGACGGAUAUCUGGACACUUUACAGGUGCUUGUGCAGAAUGGUGCUGAUGUCAAUCUCAUUGAUAACAACGGCAACCUGCCUCUGCAUCUGGCGGCGCGGGAAGGACACCUGGAUGUUGUGCAGUACCUCGUAUCUCAUUGCAAAAAGCCUUUUCUGCCUAAUGCAAAAGGCUGCACCCCUCGUGACCUGGCUCUUAUGCACAAAAAACACAGAACUGUGGAGUGGUUAGAUAGUAUUGCACCGUCAGAAUCCAGCUAGAGAACAAGAGUAUGCUAUGGGCCAUUGUGAUUUAUUUUAUAACAAGAGGUAGCACAUAAAAGCUGAGCAAACUACCUCUUAUUGCAGUGUAAAAUAGGCUAUUGGAAAUCGGGCUCAGGGGCAUGUCUUUUUGUGAAGAACAAAUAACAUUUCAUUUAGCAUUAGGCUACAUGUAAUUCACAUGAACUUUUUUAAGUUAAAAAAAAAUGCUUUUUAAUUGGCUGAACUGCUUUUAUUUUUAGGUCUCUGACAUUGAAAUAUUCCUCCUUUUGAUAAAUAUUUUUCUGGUUAAAAGUCAAAUACUCCCACAUUUUAGAUUUGUAGAUAAUUUCUUUCACUAACUUUCAAUAUUACAUUUCAGCAAAGCACAACAUAUAUGUCCUUAACGUCCUGUUUUAUAACAAAAAAAAUGUCAAUAUUGUUGAUCGAUUAUUUUUAUGGAUCUGCUUAAAGAAAAAUGUACAUCUCCUUUUAUUGAAGUAA